AUGGAGUGCUACGGCACUGCAUGCUUCAUGUGCACCGCGGAAGGCUCGUUGAGCCUAAGAUGCACGUACCUGCCUAGGCCAAUGCAGCCCAGCCCUCGCAAGACCCGCCCACCCUGGGAUGUUGUGUGCGACCCCCGGCUGCGGCGUGCCUCUCGAUACGUCAAGAGAUCUGGCGAAGGAGUGGAGGGACUUAGCAAUCGCGCAAGCAAAUGCGACGGCAGUCGCGCAGCUACUGUGACGGCAAAUGCGGAAUACAGAGAGGCGUCCGAAACUUCGGCGGGUGCAGCCUACGAGUCUCAAAGCCAGGAGACUAUUACCUCGCAGGACGACACCAAUGGGAUAGUGCAGGAUGACACCGAUACCUCGCUCGACCAGCUCGCUUUCGACUACAAUCAAUCACGCAAGUGUCCCAAGUCGCGUCAGUCUCGCUCUCGAAAGCGUGCCGGCACUAGUUCAUAUCCCCCUGCCUCAGCCUGCGCCGACUAUGCGGCGCACUUCGCGCAUACCUCGCUCCAACCCGUCAAAGCGUACGUCGACCGGCCAGCGCUAUGCGAUUGGAUAAGGGAACAGCUCGACCGCGCAUCGAGCGAAGGCCGACGCGAGGGUACGAGGACGCUGGCCGUGUUCGAUAUUGCUUUGAAACCCUGUGUGCUUAAACCAGGUAGCUGGCAUCAGACAGGAUAA